CCCACGGCAGCCGGAGCGCGCGCCAGGCUCUGCGUCAACCUCGGCGACGCCUGACUAAUUCUGGACCCGGCUGGUUAGAUGAGUCACGCCGAGGGCGCUUCUCAAACCCACGGCCUGCCGCGCGCCUUCACAAACAGGCGAACCCCGGUGACACCUGCGCGCCAGGGGAACCGCGGCCGCUGGACGGAGCCCCUGGAUGCCCGGUGACCCAGCACUGCCUGCGGGCGGCCCUCGAAACCCGGGCCGCGGCGCCCCCGCGAGGGCAAGCGGGAAAAGCGCGACGGCGGGGACUGACUCCGGCGCCCCGCCGCCGCCUCGCAACACUCGGCUUUGGAGGUGACGGCACCCUCCACAACAUAUUUCCAUCCAGGCCCAGACAUGCCCGUCCUUGUAAGGUAAAAACUUCAAUGGGAGCCUUCCUCCUCCAUAAAGGUGGAAGGAUGAACGCUGGAUACAGGAACACGAUGUGAAUGGAAGAGUCCUGUCAUUAUGCAAACAUUACGGCACUCUGAACAGACGCUAAAAACAGCUCUCAUCUCAAAGAACCCAGUGCUUGUGUCACAGUAUGAGAAAUUAGAUGUUGGGGAACAGCGUUUAAUGAAUGAAGCCUUCCAGCCAGCCACUGAACUCUUUGGACCUAUUACCUUGCAUUCACAAUCAGAUUGGAUCACCACCCAUCCUGAGGCUCCCCAAGACUUUGAGCAGUUUUUCAGUGAUCCUUACAGAAAGACACCCUCUCCAGAGAAACGCAGUAUUUAUAUACAGCCCAUUGGAUCUCUAGGAAACACCAGAAUUAUCAGUGAAGAAUAUGUUAAAUGGCUCAAGGGGUACUGUGAAGCAUUUUUCUAUGGCUUGACAGUAAAACUCCUGGAACCGAUUCCUGUUUCUGCAACGAGGUGUUCCUUUAGAGUCAAUGAUAACACACAAAACCUACAAAUUCAUGCAGGGCACAUCCUGAAUUUCUUAAAAAGGAAGAAACCUGAAGAUGCCUUCUGUGUUGUGGGGAUAACAAUGAUUGAUCUCUACCCAAGAGACUCCUGGAAUUUUGUCUUUGGACAGGCCUCUUUGACAGAUGGUGUGGGGAUAUUCAGCUUUGCCAGGUAUGGCAGUGAUUUUUAUAGCUCAUACUAUGGAGGCAAAGUGAAGAAGCUCCAGAAAAAAUCUUCGAGUGACUAUUCAGUUUUUGAUAACUAUUAUAUUCCUGAAAUAACUAGCGUUUUGCUGCUUCGAUCUUGUAAGACUUUAACCCAUGAGAUUGGACACAUAUUUGGACUGCGACACUGCCAGUGGCUUGCCUGCCUAAUGCAGGGCUCCAACCACCUGGAGGAAGCGGACCGGCGCCCUCUAAACCUUUGCCCUAUCUGUUUGCGCAAGUUGCAGUGCGCUAUUGGCUUCAACAUUGUAGAAAGAUACAAAGUAAAUGGGGGCCAGGGCAGGGGGCACUGGGCGCUAGUGAGGUGGAUUGAUGAUGACUCUGCUGACACACCUGGAGUGACUCCAAAAAAUAGCCGUGCGGAUAAUGUGAACUUGCCGAAACCUGUUGAAGCUUUUAAGGAAUGGAAAGAGUGGAUAAUAAAAUGCCUUGCUGUUCUUCAAAAAUGAGGACCUCCAAAUAGGAGUAGUUAAAAUAAAUACUUGCACAUUAUAUUUUCA